CCCCCCCCCCCCCCCGAUGGGCACCGCGCUGUACAGCCUGGACCCCCCGGCAUGCUACCGCCACUGGCCCAUGGAGCCGGCGAACUUCUACGAGCCCCCUAAGCCGGGCGCGGCAGGGGCCGGGGCCGGGGCCGGGGCCGGGGCCGGGGCGGCGUCCUGCAAGCCGGCCCGGGGGCCGGGGCCCGACCAACCCGGCGGCGUCGGCAACCCGUCGGAGCUGAGCUCGGCGGCGGCUCCGGGGGCGGGGGCCGGGGCCAUGUACGACGACGAGAGCGCCAUCGACUUCAGCUCCUACAUCGACUCCAUGGCGGCGGUGCCCAACCUGGAGCUGUGCAACGACGAGCUGUUCGCCGACCUGUUCAACAGCAACCACAAGCCCGAGCGGGGCGGGGGCGACUACGACUACCAGCCGGGGAAGCCCUUCGCGCUGCUGGGCGCCUCCUCCUCCUCGUCGUCCUCCUCGUCGUCGUCGUCCCCGGGGGCGCUCAAAAGGGAGCCCGACUGGAGCGACGGCGACCCGUCGUCGCUGCUGCCGUCGCAGAUCGCCGCCUGCGCGCAGACCAUCAUGAACCUGUCGGCGGCGGGCGGCCAGCCCACGCCGCCCACCUCCCCGGAGCCGUCGAGCGGCCGCAGCAGCAACGGCUCGGGCGGCCUGUCGCCCGGCAACCCGCCCAAGGAGAAGCCGGGUACCACCACCGUCACCACCACCACCACCGGCAAAAAGUCCCUGGACCGGUUCAGCCCCGAGUACCGGCAGCGGCGGGAGCGCAACAACAUCGCCGUCCGCAAGAGCCGCGACAAGGCCAAGAAGCGCAACCAGGAGAUGCAGCAGAAGCUGGUGGAGCUGUCCUCCGAGAACGACAAGCUGCACAAGAAGAUCGACCAGCUCACCCGGGACUUGAACAGCCUCCGGCAGUUUUUCAAACAGCUGCCCGGCUCCUCCUUUGACUGCCGGUAAGGAGGGACACACACACACACACACACACACACACACACACACACACACACAAAGACUUCUAGUCCAACUUAUCGAUACCUCAGAGACUCCUCGGACGACCACCCUGUAGCAGAAAGAGGCCCCGACGGUUGCGGAGGGGCGGGGGGGGGGGGCGGAGGUGGUGCCACGGCCGACUUGCUUUGGAUUUACCCACCUUAGACCUGCGAAAGAGAAGCUAAGACGUUGUUUUCCCUUUUAAAUUAUUUUUGUAACGGUAGUCGUCAUCCUCUCGUCGUGGUUUUUUUUGGUUUUUCAGGCCUAUCGAUGCAGCUACGGUACCUUUGUAAAAAAAAAAAAAAUGAUCGAAAAAUGUAGAUAAGAGACUGAGCAUGCUCGACUUUUUUUUUUUUAUUAAUUUUUACAGUAUUUCCCAGAAUAAAAAAAAAAUUUGUUUUCGAU